ACAUUGACGUUCAAUAACCUGCAAAUAUUCGAUGGUCCAUAAUUUAAAAAAAGUGUUCAAAAAUGGCUGAAAAAUAUGGAUUAUCCGAAUCUGAAUAUCAACUCAUAUUAAAGCAAGCCGCUAGGCGUGCCGAGAUGAGGAAGGAAUUCCUAAAACAAAGAACUAACCCAUGGAAAAACGCAGCUGAAGCUGGAUAUGUUUUCGAUGAAGCUCACCAGAGAUUCGUGUCUAUGAAAGCUACUCAGGUCGACUUCUUUCAACCAAAUAGGAGGACAGCUUUGUUUGGUAUUUGCAGCAUCAUAAUUCCCAUGUUUACAUACGGAUAUUUAAUUUAUAAUGAACGUAACGGCCGUGAAGAAAAGGUCAGAUCAGGAGAACUUCGCUACAAGGAUAGAUUAUUCAAACUCUCUUAGAUGUGUACAAUAAAAAUAUUCAAUGCUUAGAAAUAUAGCUUAUGAUCAUUAAA